AUGGCGAUCUGUACUUAUAACGCACGUACGCUUGCAUCGGAAGCGACCAUCGAAGAUAUGAUGAUGCAAGCCAAGAAGAUCAAGAACGACGUCAUCGGACUGACCGAGACGAGACUACGUCACCCUCUCAACGCCGUAUAUAAAACUGGAGAACUGUUCUUAGGAACAUGCGACAGUAGAGGUGUUGGUGGAGUUGGCGUCCUCGUCAACACGAGUAUGGCAAAGAACAUCGACUCUUUCGAACAACUUACGACCCGAAUCGGACGUCUGCGGAUGAGAAGAUGUGGUCCAACACCAGCUUUGACUAUCUUCGUCGCUUACGCUCCAACAUCAAGCUACGAUGAAGAAGAAGUCGAAGCUUUCUUUAUGGACCUGGAGAAGUUUUACCGAGAAGAUCAUGCCUUCUACAAGGUCAUAAUUGGCGAUUUCAACGCCAAAGUUGGCCCAAGAAGAACGCCGGAGGAACUUCACAUCGGGACCCACGGCCUACAAUGGAACGACCAGGGGGAGAAGCUCUCCGAGUUCAUCAUGACGACUAAGACCAUCCAUGGGAACUCGCAAUUUAAAAAGCCCUCCUCUCUACGCUGGACGUGGGAGUCACCCGGUGGAGGGUACCGUAAUGAAAUAGACCACAUCAUUGUCAAUAAAAGGUUCUGCCUGACGGACGUCGCUGUUGUACCAAAGCUCAAUACGGGAUCGGACCAUCGCCUCCUCCGAGGAAGAUUUUCCUUCACAAGGAGAGCAGAGAAAGCCGCCAAGUUCAGAGGGAGAAAUCCCAGGACUAUCAUCAACUGGGAUCUCUUCGCUACGCUAGCCGGCUUUUGGGAAGAUUCCGCAAUGGACAACAUCGACGAGGAAUAUGACCGGCUCGUUGAACACCUUCACGACUGCGCGAAGAAGGCUGAGAUUUUUAAAACCACCAAGAGACGCCUGUCUCUUGAAACUCUUGAGCUGAUACGCCAGCGUGGAGCAGCACGAGCCGCAGAGAACCAAGAACUCACGUCCGAGCUCGCAAGGCUUUGCAGAGAGGCGAUAAAGGAAGACCUUAAAGAGAGAAGAGCAGAAGUGCUGGCUGAAGCUGCAGAGGCGGAGAAAAGCAUCCGCUAUGCCCGUCGAGACUUUGCCAGUCGCACAGACGAGGAUGACUGCUCUCCGGAACCCGAAGGGAACAGAAGGGGGAUGGAGAAAAUCAUCUACGACUUCUACUCCGAUCUCUUCGGCAGCUAUGUCCACUUGCCUCCUCACCAUCUGAGGAAAGACGGACUUGUCAUUCCAGAGGUUCUCCCGUCCGAAAUACGACAUGCUAUCGUGUCAGUAAGAAAUCGUACGGCAGCCGGUCCCGACAGAAUAAGACCAAAACAACUGAAGAACCUUCCGCCACUACUCAUCAACACCCUGGCGAGGCUCUUUACACGUUACCUGUCGGAAUGCAAGGUUCCUAAACAGUGGAAGACCAGCAAGACCGUUUUGUUGUAUAAAAAGGAAGAUCCACAUGAAAUCCGCAACUAUCGUCCAAUCUGCUUACUGUUCGUCAUCUACAAGCUCUUUUCAAGAGUGAUCCUUAAUAGGAGUCUUGGAUGA